AUGCAGUUGAAGGUCUUAGAUAAGGCCAUCGAGUUGGAUAAGAAGCAGGGCAGUUUGGUCGACUUGGGUAUGGAAGAGUUUGAGGGACGUCUUUACUAUGAGAGCUGUGGAGUGGUAGCGGCUAUAGUGCCGUGGAACUACCCCCUAUUGAUGGCCACGUGGAAGGUGGCGCCGGCCUUGGCUGCAGGGUGCUCGGUUGUUCUCAAGCCGAGUGAGCUCACUCCUAUCACUGCUCUGGAACUGGCACUUAUCUGCAAGGACGCUGGCCUACCCGAUGGCGUACUUAACGUUAUUACUGGCGAUGGCACUACGGGUAGCCUAAUGACGUCUCAUCCCGACGUGGACAAGGUCACCUUCACUGGUUCUGAAGCUACUGGAAAGCUCGUUAUGGGAUCUUGCACUCCGCAUAUUCACAACGUUGGUCUUGAACUGGGUGGCAAGUCGCCUUUUAUUGUAUUCGAGGACUCGGACAUGGACCAGGCCGUUGAAUGGGUCAUGUUUGGCUGCUUCUGGACCAACGGUCAGAUUUGCAGCGCUACUAGCAGGCUGCUGAUUCACAACAGCAUUAAGGAGAAGUUCUUGGCUCGGCUAGAAAAGGAGAUCAGGAAGGUGCCGCUUUGUUCGCCUAUGGAGCUUUUGGAAGGCGGACUAGAAAAAACUAGUGGCAGGCUUGGACCGAUGAUAUCUAAAAAGCAAUUUGAAAAGGUUACUGGUAUGAUUGAUCGUGCUAAGGCUAGCGAAGCGAGGCUCCUAUGUGGCGGCAAUUCACGGAGACCUGGAUACUAUGUGGAGCCGACAGUAUUCGUUGAUGUCACGACUGAUUCAGAGAUAUGGAGGGAAGAAGUGUUCGGACCAGUACUGUGUGUGAGGGGGUUCGAUACUGAGGAGGAGGCUCUGAGUGAGGCUAACAACACUAGGUUUGGCUUGGCAGCAGCGGUGAUGAGUGGUGAUCCGGCGAGGUGCGAGCGUGUUAUGAGGAAUUUCCGUUGUGGUAUUGUAUGGGUCAACUGCAGCCAGCCGUGCUUCACGCAACUUCCUUGGGGAGGGGUCAAGCACUCGGGUAUAGGCAGGGAUAACGGCGAUGCUGGAUUCUGGAGUUAUCUGGAGCCCAAACAAGUGGUGAAAUACGUUACGAAGAAGCCUUUUGGUUGGUACUCUCCCCGCUUCGAAGGGAGUAAGCUGUAG